GUUUCCCAGCUCAACUCCAAACGCAAACUCUCCCUCCAAAAAAAGGCGAGAGCGCCGCAUUCUUUCUUUCUUCCUUUCCUGCUUCCUUUUGUGUAUCCUUCCCAAUUGCUGUAUCGUUCACUCUGGCAUGGAAUCAUCGGCAUGUUACCAUUCGCGGUGCAAGAUGCCACCAAAACCCUGCGGUUGACCUCCCGCCCGAGAGCUUCGAUUAUCCCGGCUCGGAUCCCUCUUUCGCCGUUACUCGCCUCGAGAUUGAUAAUAGACCGUAACAAUUCCAGUAUAACAAGCAAGCGGUGGUCGCACACGGCGAAAUGGAGGCCGGUGCAGGUCCUAGAUGAAUGGGUAGUAAAGGAAGCUCGUCCUAUUAGCUUGCGACAAUUGAUGGUAUUCGGCCGGUCACUGACCGAGGCACGACUGAUCAGCUCCGCGAACUAUGUUCGAACCGAACUCCCCACGAGAAUUGCCCACCGGAUCCGUGACAUGCAACGCCUGCCCUAUGUAGUUGUUACGAACCCGCACAUUAGCGACGUGUAUGAGCUUUACUAUACCGCAUUCGACACGUUCCGGCGCAUCAGAGAGGUCAAGACGCUCGAGGACAAUGAACACCUUUGUAAAGAGAUCGCCAAGAUGCUACGCGCCCACUUGACUGUGAUCCCGAAGUUGGCCAUGGGUAUACUUGAGUGUAGCGGGUUGAUGCCUGCAUCCGAGCUGGAUCACUUUAUGAACACCAUCUUACGAUCCAGAAUAUCCCGUAGAGUAAUCGCAGAGCAACACCUCGCCCUAACUGAAACCUUCAACUCGCACUGGUUCUCGCCCGGAGCCAAGCUCUCCGAGUCCGACUUCAUCGGCGAGGUAUUCAUCAAGUGCGUAGCCAAAGAUGUAAUCGAGGACUGCGCCAAAGCCGUCCAAGACCUUGCCCGAUCCGCCAACGGGCCCGACACCAAGAUCCCUGAGAUCAAGAUCAACGGGCACAUGGACUCCUCAUUCCCGUAUAUCCUAAGCCAUCUGGAGUAUAUCAUAGGCGAGCUCCUUCGGAACUCGGUCCAGGCCGUCAUUGAAAAGCACCAGCAGAGCAAAGACCCCACCUCAAACCCACCACCCAUUGAAGUGACCUUGUGCGAGGCGCAGCAGCACGUCAUCAUCCGCAUCUCGGACCAGGGCGGCGGCAUCCCGCGAGAUAUCCUCCCGUAUCUAUGGUCCUUCGGCAAAGGACCUCUAAAGAACCAGCGCCUCGAGAAUCUCGGACAGGUCCCGCUCAUGGCAGCCACGUUGCAGGAGCUUAAGGUCGACGACGGGAAGCUGCAUAGGCUGCAGAGCGAGCGGUCAGGUCACGAUAGCUCGCUCUCCUCACUGUCUACCCGCCCACCUAACCUCCGUCUCGGCAUGGGUCUCCCGCUAAGUCGGGUGUACGCCGAGUACUGGGCUGGAAGCCUGGAAUUACAUAGCUUGGAAGGAUACGGUGUAGACGCGUUCCUGCAGAUUUCGAAGCUGGGGAAUAAGAACGAACAGCUAGCUACGAGAGCAGCAAUGGACGCCGUUUAGUAAUGGGAAAGUUGGUAAAUGCAUAGCUGUAGGAUUACGGGACUACAAGUAAUUAUAUCGAUUAAAUCGA